UGGAAAAAAGAAGCAAUGGAAGGAAUCGUUGCAAGGAAGAAGAAUGAGAACAUUAUUCAAAGGACAUGUUCAUUGCUAGUAUUACAUAAACAUUUGGAAAGAAUAUUAGUAAAGGAAAUAGAACCACGUAAGAGAUAAAGAAAGAAAAUGAGAAGGGGGAGGUAAAAAUAUUACAAUUAAGAGCAAGAAGAAGACAUGGGGAAAGAGAACCAGGAAAUAGAAGGGAAAGAGAAAGAAUAGCAAAAGAAAAUGAAGGAGAAAAGGUUAUAUCAAGAAAGGCGACUAUAAAAGAAAAAAGUAAGACAGAAAGAGAGCAAGGAAUUAAAAAAGGUAGAAGAGAGUGGAAGCAAAAAGGAGGAAGAUACAGGACCUGAAGAGCAGGCACCGACCUUGUUUACACGCUGAGAAGAGCUCCUCCGGAAGAGCCUUUCCCCGAUUGGACCACCGCGCCCCGGCGCUGAUACACCAUAAUUGGCACUGAUUAACCAUAAUUAGCUCUGAGAACUCCAUCAUUGAUGGUCUCCGCCGGAAUGCAGGAGGCAACUGGCGAAUUGCCGGAGGGGGUAAAGAAGAGGGAUGAUUGGAAAGGAAGGUUAAAUGGCUUAAAGAUUAGGGCAGGGCAAUAAAGCAAAAGGACAAUAUGGAGAGGAAACAAUCGAAAAACAAGAGGAAGAUUAAAAAGGAAAGAAAAGGGAAACGGUGGGAAAAGCGGAUAAUGAAAACCAGAGAAAUGAUGGAAGAAGGAAAGGAAGGAGAGGAUGAGAGAAAGAAAUGAAUCUAUGAAGGCAAAUAGUAAUCGAUAAAAAAAAGGAAUUAUAAAAAUAAGAGGAGCACAGAGGAAGAGACGGCAGAGAGGAUGGCCUUAACGGAGCUGGGUGCACAGGAGUUGUCACGGAGCGUGUGAGGCGGCGGAGCAGCGCACGGUGUCGCUGCAGGCUCAGGAACGGGUCCGUGUGGGCGGCUCCGCCCCGGUGCGGCGGAGAGCCCGGCUGUGAGCGCGGGGGGGCGGCUCGGGCCGGGCAGCAGAGCCGGUGCGUCCGGGCGGCGGCGGGGAGCCGUGCGGGGCCCGGGCCGGGGCCGGCAGGCAGAGCGGCAGGAAGGAUGGGCGAGCGUUGUUGUGCGGCGGUGGUGCGGGUGCUGGUGCUGCAGGCGGCCUGGGCGCUGUCGGGCGGGCAGGUGCGCUACUCGGUGCCGGAGGAAGCCAAGGCCGGCACGGUGGUGGGCCGUCUGGCGCAGGACCUGGGCCUGGAGGCGGGCGAGGCGGAGGCGCGGCGGCUGCGGCUGGUGGCGCCGGGCCGGCGGGCGAGCGUGGAGGUGAGCGGGGCGAGCGGCGCGCUGGUGGUGAGCUCGCGGCUGGACCGGGAGGAGCUGUGCGGCAAGAGCGCGCCGUGCGCGCUGCGCCUGGAGGUGCUGCUGGAGCGGCCGCUGCGCGUCUUCCAUGUGCAGCUGGAGGUCACCGACAUCAACGACAAUGCCCCCGUCUUCCCCGCCGCCCGGAAAAACCUCAGCAUCGCGGAACUGUCUGUGCCUGGGUCUCGUUUCCCGCUGGAGGGCGCGUCGGAUGUGGAUAUAGGAGCGAACGCGCAGCUGUCCUAUGCACUGAGCCCCAGCGAGCAUUUCUCUCUGGAUUUACAAAAAUCGAAUGAUGGAAAUAUUGAACCCGAACUGGUUUUAACGAAAUCUCUGGACCGCGAGACGAUUCCCGUGCACCGGUUGGUGCUGACGGCGACUGACGGAGGCCGGCCGUCUCUGACAGGGACAAUGGAGCUGGGGAUCUCGGUGCUGGACGCGAACGACAAUGCGCCCCAGUUCAAUCAGUCAGUGUAUAAAGUGCAACUGCUAGAGAGCGCUGAAGUGGGGACGGUGGUGACGAGGGUGAAUGCCACGGAUGCAGACGAGGGACUUAACAGUGAGGUGACAUAUACCGUGACGAACUUUAUUCCCCCAAGUGGAAAAGAUGUAAUUUCCAUCCAUUCGAACACUGGGGAAAUUCUCCUCACAGGCACUCUAGACUUCGAGGAAGUCAAGGUAUUUAAUUUUCGUAUUGAAGCGAGAGAUAAGGGAACACCCCCGCUAUCGGGUCACUGCAAGCUGUUGCUGGAGGUGGUGGACGUGAACGACAACGCUCCAGAGGUGUGGGUGACGUCGCUGUCGGUGCCGGUGCCCGAGGACGCGUCGUUGGGGACGGUGGUGGCCCUGCUGAGCGUGUCGGACCGGGACUCGGGGGAGAACGGUCGCGUGCGGUGCUGGGUGUGGCCGGCGUCGCCGUUCGGUCUGGAGGCGACGUUCGCGGGCUCGUACUCGCUGGUGCUGCGCGAGGCGCUGGACCGGGAGCGGGUGUCGGAGUACGAGGUGGAGGUGCGUGCGGAGGACGGCGGGGCGCCGGCGCUGCGCGCCAGCCGCGGGCUGCGGGUGCCGGUGUCGGACGUGAACGACAACGCGCCCUUGUUCGCGCAGGCCGUGUACACGGUGCUGGCGCGGGAGAACAACGCGGCGGGCGCGGAGCUGGCGCGGCUGUGGGCGCGGGACCCGGACGAGGCGGCCAACGGGCGCGUCAGCUACUCGGUGUGGGACGGCGGCGUGGGCGUGGGCGGCGGCGGCGCCGCGGGGUCGUCGUCGUCGUCGGGGGUCGGGUGGCGUCCGGCGUCGAGCUACGUGUCGGUGGACGCGGAGAGCGGGCGGCUGUGGGCGCUGCAGCCCUUGGACUACGAGGAGCUGCAGGUGCUGCAGUUCGAGGUGCGCGCGGUGGACGCGGGGGAGCCGCCGCUGAGCGGCAACGCCACGGUGCAGCUGUUCGUGCUGGACGAGAACGACAACGCGCCGGCGCUGCUGCCGCCCGCGGGCUCGGCAGCGGAGGCGGGCGGCGCGGCGGCGGCGGCGGAGGCGGCUUUGGCGCUGGCGGGGGCGGGCUCGGAGUCGGGCACGCUGUGGGCGUGGGCGGCGUGGGGCGCGCCCGCGGGCCAGGUGGUGGCCAAGAUCCGCGCCGUGGACGCCGACUCGGGCUACAACGCGUGGCUGCGCUACGAGCUGUGGGAGCCGCGGGGCAAGGGCCCGUUCCGCGUGGGGCUCUACAGCGGCGAGGUGAGCACGGCGCGGGCGCUGGACGAGGCGGACGGGCCUCGCCAGAGGCUGCUGAUCGUCGUGCGCGACCACGGCGAGCCGGCGCGCUCGGCCACGGCCACGCUCAGCGUGUCGCUGCUCGAGGCCGCCGAGGCGGCGCUGGCCGCGGGCUCCUCGUCGUCGUCGUUGUCGGCGGUGUCGCGCUCGGCGGCGGGCGUGGAGCUCGGGGCCGGGGCGGCGAGCGCGGCCACCAACGUGUGGCUGGUGGUGGCCAUCUGCGCCGUGUCCAGCCUCUUCCUGCUGGCCGUGGUGCUGUACGCGGCGUCGCGCUGGGCGCCGGGGGCGGCCGUGCUCUCGGGGGCCGGGCCCACGACGCUCGUGUGCGCCAGCGAAGUGGGCAGCUGGUCCUACUCGCAGCGCCACAGCCGCAGCCUGUGCGUGGCGGACGGCGCUGCCAAGAGCGACCUCAUGGUUUUCAGCCCCAACUUCCCUCCGCCGCCGCCCGCUCCUGCAGCCAAGGACACGCAGCCGGAGCCCUCCGCUCUCCUCGACACGGUCAGUGCCAAUACCUUGCUCUCGUCUCCCACCCGUACCAAAUCCUUCUGUCCCUCUAGGUGUGCAGGCUUUGCUGGAAUCCGGGCUCCAUUCCCACAGCCUGACAGCGAUGAGUGCUUGACGGGUUCUUCACGGUGCUUAAGGGUAUCAAUAGCACAUUUGCACCUGCCCUUUGACGGAAUAUAG